ACACAAGAGUUACAAGAACUACUUCAAAAUAAUAAUAUUAAUCUAGAGGCACAAGAGUUACAAGAACCACUUCAAAAUAAUAGUAUCGAAUCUUCAAUAUCUGCAACUUGUAUCGAAUCUUCAAUAUUAACAAAUGCUACUAGAUACCAAUAUAAA